AUGGCAGAUAAUACAUUUAGAAUUUUUAUAACAACACAAAGUUUUAUAAUUAAAAGAGAUUCUUUACAUAGUAAAGCAUUAGUAAUUAAUAGAAGAGAUCCAUCUAAAAUCGAUAUAAUACAACCAGAUCAAAUUGAUCAAUCAUUAAGAUCUGAAAGAUCAGUUUAUUGUGUUUUAGGUAUAUUUAGAUUAGUAAAUGAAUGUUAUUUAGUAGUUGUAACUGAAAGUGAUAUAGCGGCAAAUUUUCAAUUUCAAGGACAACCAAAUGUUAUUAGAAAGAUUAGAUGUACAGAUUUUAUAUCAUUUCAAACUGGUAGAGGGCAUAUAUCAAUAGGAGGAGGUGGUGGUGGAGGUGGUAGUGGUAAUGGAGAAUCAAAAGAAGAUGAUAGACCAUAUGUUCAAGUUAUGAAUUUAUUGAAUAGUGGACACUUUUAUUGGACACCACCAAAUAGUAGUUUUGAUAUAACUCGUACUUAUCAAAGUCAAUGUUUGGAGCCAAAAUCGGAUUUACCAGUAUGGGAACGUGUUGAUAAGCGAUUCUAUUGGAAUAAAUAUUUACAAAAGGAUUUCAUAGCAUAUAGAUUAUACGAUUGGUGUUUCCCAAUUAUACAAGGUUUUGUAGUAUCCGAUCAUCUCGGUCAUAUUCAAGGAAAGAAUGUAGUUUACACAUUGAUUUCGAGAAGAAGUCGUUUUAGAGCUGGUACUAGAUUCGUUACACGUGGUAUCGAUGAUGAUGGUAAUGUUGCAAACUUUUGUGAAUCUGAACAAAUCUUAUCGAUUGAAAGUUAUGGUGUUUUGGCAUUCUUACAAAUUAGAGGUUCUGUACCAGUGUUUUGGAAUCAAUCAUCACCACAAAUGUCUGAUCUAAAGAUUAAAAUGUCGAAUCUAUCGAAAAUUGGUAAAAUUAGUAAAAAGAAGAUUACAAUCGCUAGAAAUACUCAAGCGACAACACCAGCUUUUCAAUUGCAUCUUAAAGAACAAACUAAAAAGUAUGGUAAUAUUGUAAUCGUUAAUUUACUCUCAAAAUUGAAAUCAGGUGAAUGUGAUCUUGUAAAUGCUUAUGAAGAACAAAUUAGAAUAUUACGUUCACCACAAGUUUUCUAUAAUCAUUUCGAUUUAAAUGAACAAACCAAAGGUAAUAGAAUGGAUCCUUUAGAUUCUUUAAUUAAUUAUAUUGAUAAUCAAUCAAUUAGUGGUGGUGGUGGUACCACUGGUGGCGUUAGUGAAAAAAUUGUUGGUUAUUUCUUUCAAAAUUCAAAUGGUCAAAUCAUUUCAAAACAAAAUGGUAUAAUUCGUACAAAUUGUAAAGAUUGUUUGGAUAGAACUAAUAUUGUACAAUCAAGAGUUAGUUGGGUAUUAUUUGAAAGUCAACUAAGAAAGUUAGGAUUAUUUAGAGGUCAUGAUUCUAUUGGUAGUUAUCCACGUGUAUCACAAACAUUAAAGACAACAUGGGCAGAUAAUGGUGAUGCAUUGUCGAUUCAAUAUGCAGGUUCAGGUUCAUUGAAAUCAACGUUAACACGUGAGGGUGAUUAUGGUAUAAUGGGUAUGUUGGCAGAUGGUAAAAAAACAAUGACUCGUUUCUAUAUCAAUAAUUUCAAAGAUCCAGGUAGACAGGAUGUGUUAGAUCUAUUGUUAGGUUUACAUAAAUCAAUGGUUGUCAAUAAUAGUAAUAAUGGUAAUGGUGGUAAUGGUGGUAAUGGUAGUGGUCAUGAUGAUAAUAUUAGAAAACAAGUUCAAGAUAGAGUUAAAGAAUAUUCGAAAAAAGAAUGGAGGAAUGUUUUCGUUGGUACUUAUAAUGUUGGUGGUGUACAUUCAUCAUACUUUGAUUUGGUACAAUGGUUAAGACCUGAUGGUGCCAAUUGUCCAACACCGGAUUUCUACGUUUUAGGUCUACAAGAGGUGGUGGAGUUAACGGCUGGUCAGAUUUUAGCAACAGAUUCAUCCAUUGGUAAACAAUGGGAGGAUGCAAUCGAACGUGCACUUCCAAAAGUAUCACCCAAUGUAAAGUAUAUCAAAUUACAAUCAUCACAAUUGGUAGGUUUAUUAAUGGCAAUCUAUGUACGUGAGGAUGCAAUACACUAUUUUAGAGAGGUACAAAUUCAAAAUGUCAAAUGUGGUAUGAAUGGCUUGGCUGGUAAUAAGGGUGGAAUUGGUGUACGUUUAUUGUUCAGCGAUACCUCCUUCACCUUUGUCACGGCUCAUUUCGCUGCUGGUCAAUCCAAUGUUGAAGAUCGUAUUUCCGAUUUCCGUGAGAUCGAUUCAACAUUGGCCUUUGGUCGUCAAGGUCAAUUCAAGGUCUCUGAUUCAGAUUAUUCAUUUUGGUUGGGUGAUUUCAAUUUUAGAAUUGACUUACCCGAUGAAGAAAUUAGAAGAUGUGUCUAUGAUCAACAGUUUCCAAAACUUUACAACUAUGAUCAACUUAGAAAAUGUAUGGAAGCAGGUAGAGUUUUCAAUGGUUAUAGGGAGGAGACAAUCGCUUUCCCUCCAACUUAUAAGUAUGAUUUAAAUAGCACUCAAUAUGAUACUUCUCAAAAACAAAGAUCACCAGCUUGGACUGAUAGAAUCGUUUGGAGUAAUAAAGUUCAUCAUGAUUUACGUCAACUCUAUUAUCAUAGACAAGAGAUUUUAGCUUCUGAUCAUAGACCUGUAAGUUCUUACUUUCAAUUGGAAGUCACUAAAAUCGAUAAAGAUAAAGAAAGAACAUUACGUCAAGAAUUAUACGAACAAAAAUCUUCACAAUUCAUCACUACCUCUCAAAGUACCAAUAAUCUUAUCAACACAACUAAUCAAAAUGGUAAAGAUGGUGCAAAUUUAAUCACUAAAGAAUUUGAACAACUUACACUAAUUAAACAAUCUGCUUCAACUCCAAAUUUACAAAAAGGUAGAUCAAAUACAACAAAUAUUCAAUAUCAAAUAACUUCAACCAAUCAAAUUAGUAAUACUAAUAAUAAUACCAUUCAACAACAACAACAUCACCAAGAACUUGUAAAUGUAACUACAACUAGAAAGAAUUCAUUAAAUAGUAAUAAUAAUAAUAAUAAUAAUAAUAUUAAUAACAGUAAUAAUACACUUGUUGCAAGUGGUGGUAGUAAUGGUGUUCCUCCAAGAAAAUUAUCAUCAGGACGUCCAUUACCAAUGUUACCUCAACCAAUUCAAAUACCACCAACACAACAACAACAACAACAACAACAACAACAACAACAACAACAACAACAAGAAACAGUUAACCUUCAAAAGAUGACCGGAUCCGGUGGUGGAAGAAAAAUAUCUUCCUCUCCAUCAUCCUCAUUUAAUAAUACUAAUAGUAUUGGUAGCUCAUCAUCACCAUCAGGUGCUCAUUCACCAAUUUUUGAUGAUCAAUUUGAUCCAAGAAAAGGUAGAUCUUCACCAGUUCCACAAUCUUUUAAUGAAAAUAAUAAUAGUAAUCAAUCAAAAAUGGAAUUAUUAAUACCGAAUCAAAAUUCAACUCAAUAUCAACAACAACAACAACAACAACAACAACAACAACAACAACAACAACAACAACAACAACAACAACAACAACAACAACAACAACAACCUCAAUAUAAUUCAAAUCUUUAUAAUAGCGGUCCUCCACCAUUACAACCAAUUCAUCAAAGUAAUUUAAAUCCAAAUUCAAACUAUAAUCAACAAUUACAACAACCACCACCACAACCAAUUAAUCAUGAUUUACAAUUAAUCGAUUCAUGGGGUAAUAGUAGUAAUGGUUAUCAAAGUAGAGAGCCACCUCCUUUACAACCAAUUCCCCAAUCUGUUUAUCAAUCACAACCACCACCUUUACAACCAAUUCCCCAAUCUGUUUAUCAACCAACAAAUUUUGCACUUCAACAACCUUUACAACCAAUGAUGUCUCCACCACCUUUAUUAUAUAGUAAUCAAAAAGCUGUUUAUAAUAUUCCAGUUCCAUCACCCUAUAAUCAGCAACAACAACAACCACAACAACCAUACCAGCAACCAUAUCAACAACCAUACCAACAACCAUAUCAACAAAAUUUAUAUAACCAACCACCACCAUUAAAUAAUUCCUACAAUAAUUAUAAUAAUCAAAAUAAUAAUAAUAAUAAUCAAAAUAAUAAUAAUACCUAUAAUAAUCCAUAUUUAGGUUCCAUUUUGGAUUAA